UUCCCAGGAUGUAUUUGGCCGCAUAAGAGCGGCAUUCGCUCUUCGCCCUUUCUUCUUCGUAACAUCUAUAAUGGCCCCCUCUUUGACGCACCCAACUACUGUCAACUUCAUCGAGGAACAUGACUUGUCUACGCCCUCCUUGCCAAUGAAGGAGGCAGCGGAUUAUUAUGGCAAAAGCGAGACGUUUACUCGCUCUCGGACAUACAGUGCGUCGCAUAUUCACGGCUACAACCCUAGACGGAUCCCAGCAUUUGACGAAAGUACUCAUGCAAGAGCUCGCCGUUUAUCUCAUGAUGAGAAGGCUUCCCAACCUCGACGUUUUCUAAUAGACGUUGAAGAAACCAUUCGUCUUGUGCUUGAGCAAGAGGAUACAGAUGGUGACUUCCAAAUCAGUGUGACUGACGCUGGGCCCAAGGUGAUGGCGUUAGGCACCGCGACGAGCAAUGGUUUCAAGACGUUUGAUAUACGGGGAACGUACAUGCUUUCCAACCUUUUGCAAGAGUUAGCCCUUGCCCGUGACCAUGGUCGAAAGAGGAUCGUCCUGGACGAAGCCCGUCUCACUGAGAAUCCCGUUGACCGACUGUCUCGUAUGAUCAAAAACUCAUUUUGGCAUUCUUUGACACGUCGUAUUGAUGGCGAAGGCCUCGAAAUAAUUUGUGCCGAUCCCAAGAACCGUACUGGUCGCGUAAAUCCCCGAAUUUAUGUUCCGCACGGCGAGCCUGCCAUGGCUGAUUAUUAUCGCAAAGUGGCUAGGGAAAAACCUCAUCUCAACCUUGAUGUCCAAGUAUUACCCGUGAAGCCUGACGACCCAUCCUUUGUGAAAAGCCUGAACAACAAACCAGGUAUUCUAGCACUGGCAAUGAACGAGUCAGAUGACGGGAGGGGAGGAAAGAUCCUGAAGGGUAUCCCUUUCAUUGUCCCCGGCGCUCGCUUCAAUGAGCUCUACAAUUGGGAUUCAUACUUCAUCUCCCUCGGUCUUCUGGUUGAUGGCAAGGUCACCAUGGCUCAGGGAAUGGUUGAUCAUUUCAUCUUCGAGAUAAAGCACUAUGGCAAGAUCUUAAAUGGCAGUCGGAGCUAUUACCUCUGCCGAACGCAGCCACCUUUUCUUACCGACAUGGCACUCCAAAUCUUCAAUCAACUUGACCGUUCAGACGUCGACGCUAACCGCGCAUGGCUCAAGCGUGCAAUUCAAGCCGCCAUCAAAGAAUACCAUACCAUUUGGGUUGCGGAACCUCGUAUAGAUCCAAAAACUGGUCUUUCUCGCUACCGUCCUGCAGGUCUUGGAAUUCCUCCAGAAACUGAAGCUACGCAUUUCACGCAUAUCCUCGAACCCUUUGCUCACAAGCAUGGUCUCUCUAUCCUCGAAUUCAGUGAGAAAUAUAAUGAUGGCGUGUUGAAGGAGCCUGAACUUGACGAGUACUUCCUCCAUGACCGUGCGGUCCGGGAGUCUGGUCACGACACGACGUAUCGGUUUGAGAAGCGAUGUGCAAACCUUGCAACUAUUGACUUACAGGCUUUGUUGUACAAGUAUGAGAUAGACAUUGGUACCGCUAUUCGGGAGGUAUUCGAUGACGAGCUUGAAUUGGAAGAGGAAUUUCCCCUCGCGCCUUUCCCCAUCACACCUGCGGCAUAUGCCAAGACCACUCGAGAAAGCUCAAAGGGCAGGUCGCAGAGCAGUGAUGAGUGGUUUAAGCGUGCAGAAUUUAGGAAGCAAAUGAUCGACAAGUAUCUGUGGAAUGACAACAAGAGUCUUUACUUUGAUUAUGACACUGCGAAAGAACAGCAGAUAUUGUACGAGAGCGUCACUGCAUUGUGGGCGCUGUGGGCUGGUUGUGCCAGCGAGGAGCAGGCAUGGAAGCUGGUUACCCAGUCUUUGAAAAAGUUUGAGGUUCUCGGCGGACUUGUUUCCGGCACGGAAGAGUCUAGGGGCAAGAUUUCCUUAGAUAGGCCAAAUCGACAAUGGGAUUACCCGCCGCCACAUCAAACCAUGGCAUGGGUAGGAUUAGAACGGUAUGGCUAUCUUGAAGAUGCACAACGACUUGCCUAUAGGUUUCUAUAUAUGAUGACGACCGCCUUCGUCGACUUUAACGGAGUAGUUCCUGAAAAGUUCGAUGCGGUGAAGUUGUCUCAUCUCGUGGAUGCUGAAUAUGGAAACCAGGGAAUCGAUUUUAAAAUGGUCCCUCGUGAAGGUUUUGGAUGGAUGAAUGCCGCCUAUCAAGUUGGACUUUCCUUCCUCAACAGCCACAUGCGUCGCGCAGUAGCUGCCUGCACCAGCCCCGAGGUCUUUUUCUCAGCAGCUAAUAACGGCACUGAACAGGUUCUACAAGAUAUGACUUCUGAUCCUCUCGGGCUUGCCAUGGAUUCUCUUGAGAUCGUCACACAAGACUGAGCGCUAACCAUUUUUUGAUCACUAUCUUUUGAUCUUCGUGUGCUAUGAAAUACUCUACAGCUCCAUUGAUCGUUCUGCGUUAUACCCUAAUAAUGUAUUAAUCAUUCUUGACGUUCCUUCCAUCACGUAGACACCCAUUUGUAUAUUAGCAUCGUAGUCUACCGCAUUCUGCUAGCAUAUAGAGAUGAAUCCUGAAAUCGCCAUUUAUAAUUGACAUCAUGUUGCAAAGAGGAAAAGCGGGGGCUGCAACCUCAGUCAGUAGAUAGAUAGAUAGAUACGCGGCUCCGCCUAAGGCAUCUCCGCAGUCAUUGCUUUUCUCAAAAGGUGAGGGAGAUUCAGAUCGAGGGUACUUAUGUUGCCACGCGAAAGGCCCUAACCAAGCCCAAGCCGA